AUGCCAGAUCUCAGGAUCGUGAUGGUGGGUAAAACUGGAGCUGGAAAGAGUGCAACAGGAAACACCAUCCUGAGACAAAAGGCAUUUAAAGAAAAAUUAUGUUCUGCAUCUGUAACUAAGACAUGUGAAAAAAUUCAGCAGACGGUAGAAGGUCGAAUCAUCUCAGUGAUUGACACACCAGGACUGUUUGAUACAUCACUCAGUAAAGAACAACUAAAGAAUGAGAUUGAGAAGUGUAUAGAAAUGUCUGUUCCUGGUCCUCAUGCAUUUCUGCUGGUCAUCAGACUGGAUGUGAGAUACACUGACGAGGAGAAAAACACAGUGAAAUGGAUUCAGAAGAACUUUGGAGAAGAUGCUGAAUGUUACACCAUCGUUCUGUUCACCAGAGGAGAUCAGUUAGAUACACAUAUAGAAGAGUUUCUGACAACAGAUGAGCAGUUUAAAGAGUUGAUUGAACAGUGUGCAGGUGGUUAUCAUGUUUUCAAUAACAAAGAUGAAAAUCGAUCACAGGUUACUGAACUGCUGGAGAAGAUAGACAGAAUGGUGGAGAAGAACGGAGGAGUACAUUACACAAAUGAGAUGUACAAGAAAGCUCAAAGGAAAAUAGACGAAGAAGAGAAGCAGCAGAGAGACAAGGAGGAGAGACAGAAGUUGGAAGAGGAGAAAAAGAUAAGGGCGGAUGAAAGAAGUAAAGUUUCAGAAGAAAUGUUCCGGGUGGUCUGUUUGGCAACAACUGUAGGAGCAUUUAUUGGAGCAGUUGCUCAUUCCAAAAUUCCAGAAUUAUUAUCUGCCAUCAAUCAAACAACACUAUUUCAAGCUUUAACAACAGGAGUAGCACUGGCUGAAGAUGCAGUACUAAAUGCUAGUGGAACGACACUAUCUGAAGCUUUAACAACAGGAUCAGCAUUUGCUAGAGAUUCAGUAAUGGCUUCUGCCACCAAUAUAGCAACACUAUCUGAAGCUGUAACAACAGGAGUAGCACUGGCUGAAGAUGCAAUACUAAAUGCUUGUGGAACGACACUAUCUGAAGCUGUAACAACAGGAGCAACACUGGCUGAAGAUGUACUACUGACCUCCACUACUUUUAGAGCAUCACUGCACACAGGUUUAAUUGCUGGAGCAGCGGUUUUUAGAGAUGUAGUACUGGCCUCUGCUACAGCUGGAACAUCACUGCGUACAGGUUUAAUCACUGGAGCAGCAGUUGUUAGAGAUGCAGUACUGGCUUCUCCUAGUGGAGUGACACAACUUGAAUCUUUAGUCACAUCAGCAGCAGCAGUCGCUGGAGAUGCAGUACUGACUGCUACUAAUGGAAUGACUCUACCUUAA